GAAAUCGGACUUUACCGAGAUGCUCGCCAGCCCUGCGAUGGAACUCCAAACCGAAGAAACUCCAUUAGCCCUGCAACGACUCUGGAAUUUGACCAGGGCUCGUUUAGCUGGAACCUCCACUGCUUUAGGAGACGAGCCUGAACUUGUGUCAUCUCUACCCAUCGCUCAGGAAUCCGAAGGAACUCCUAAAAGUUACAUUCCUGUUCCUAGUGAUUAUGAAAGCGAUGCAGAAGAAGCAUUCCCCGAGUUGGAUGUACCUGAAAUACCCGAGGUGCCAACUAAGGGUUAUUGGACGGAAAGUGCAUACGAAAAGGAGGUGGUGUUGGACGCAAGUACCCUCGGCGAUGUGCCAGCCGUGUACCGUGUACCCCAACCAGCCCCUCACCAGAUGCCCGUGAUCGGGGUGUAUAUCGACCCCCGUGUCAGAACCGGUUUCAGAUAUAAAGUUAGACCGAUGCAGAGUUUGGAUGCCCAGCCUCUGUCUGUGAAGCCAAGAUACUUAUUCGGAGAGAAGGCUCUCACUCUUCAAUCAAUAGGCCGUGGAUUCGCUCGACGUCUCACCUUCGAACCGGUUGACUCGAGUCUCAAUGACAAUACCAAUUAUUUCUGGACCGACUCGAGGCCAGAAGGCUUUGUGUUUGAAAUUGAGGCAAUAUCUAUCGGAGAUAAAUUCACUAUUUAUGAUGCGAAUCAUGAACCACAGGGGACUCUGGAAGUUGUUCAACAGCAGAAGAAUCAAGUGGAGCUUGAUCAGAAAAUUUAUGAUGAUGGAUCUAUUGAGAAGAAAGUGAAAGUCAACACUUUAUGCAAAGUCGAAUGGUACGAAAAAGAUGCUGCCACAAAACUGGUACCAGUAACAGGUGUUGCCAUUCUUAAAAAAGGAAGAGGCAAAGCAGCUGUGACUAGAGUUAUUAAUGUAGCCAUUGGUAUCAAACAGCUGAAGAAGGGUUAUGAACUAAAACCUGGCAUUGUAUCAUCGGCCAGGAGAAUCACUGUAAAUGGUGGAGAUAUUAAAGACAUUCCCUGCCAAUACAGUUUAGUCGGACUCGAGAGAUAUGAACUCCCUGUCAUUGGAACUUAUGUAGACCCACGCGUUAUCCCUGGAUUCCAUUACCGCGUGCGUCCUGCUGGAAGUAGAAGGCAUUUGUUCGAGGGACGCAGUCUUCUCUUGCAAUCGAUUGGCAUGGGCUAUGGGAAACGCAUCACAUUCAAGCCUGAUACACUUAAUGCUCCUGAAAAUUAUUUCUGGUCGGACUCACAUCCAGAAGGCAUUGGCAUGGAACCUCGUGCAAUACACCCAGGAAUGAAAUUCAGUAUUUCCGGAAAUGGGGGCGUUUUAGGCGAGGCGUGUGUGUUCAGAGCUGAUCUGCCCCAAGUAGAGGAGAAAACUGAAUAUGUUGAUGUACCAGGAAAGCGCGGGAUGGCCGUUGAGAAAUAUAUCCACGUCGACGUCACAUGCCACGUUAAACUUGCCACGACUGGUGGCGGUUCUGUUGACUCUGAAGUACACCUUAUGAAAGUUUCUGGAGUAGCAUUAGUACGCAAGGAGCCAGGGCAAUCUACUGCUAAACUUGUGAAAGUAUACAAUGUCGGAUUGGACUCCCAGUUGAAUUUGUUGUUUGCCCACUCACAGACCGAACUCACAUUCCAUCCUCUGCCCUAAGAAGUUACAAAGGUCUGAAUGGUGCUACAGCGUCUAUGACAAAGCUUGUCCUUCGAGACGUUGUUGCAUCAAAAAACCCUACCUGGCGCUACAGUGGCUCAUGUCAAAUGCCAACCGAUCUGGUCUCGAGUUUGCAACCGAGAAAGAUGGCCGAAAUUAGGUCAUAAUGUGCAGCUUGCAACAGGUUGUAGAUUUCGAUUACGAUAUCGAAUGAUAUUUUCGAGCUAUUUCUCGCCAAAGCUCGAUCAAUCUCGACGUUUCAUCUCACAGAGGGCUGCUUAUUUAACAAUGGAAUAUUAACGACGCAAGCAGACCUUAGAUUUGGUAGGUUCUUUUAACCUACAUUGUAUAAUUUCUGUUUUAACUAAUGAUUCAUCAGUAUUCUUGCUUCUUAGUUAUAUUUGAUAUUUUAAGUGUUUAAUUUAUGUAGAACAGUCCGUACCAAAGUUAUUGUCAGUAAAUUUAAACACUUAUCGGAGAGAAUAGUGAAAAGACUACAAUAUUAUAAAAUUAUUAUGACACCUUUAUUAUGAUAUUAUAUUUUUUUUUUCUUAAUCGGUAGGUAUCCUUAUGUUUCCUAUUUUGUACCUCGAAUAUUUGUGAGCCGAUUUUAUUUAAUAAAUUGAUUACAAACUG